AUGGCAUCAUACAAAGCGUUCUACCGCCACUAUCAACUGCCUCACUUCACCACGAGCGUAAAAGGCGGGAACCUCACACCGUGCUUCGAGGCUCCAGAGCGUCCUUCGUCCAACUACAAGGGCAGGAGCAGUCUGCGCAACGGCGACGUAAGAAAGGUAAUGGAGCGCCGCCUGACCUAUCACCGCAAACUCUUUGGCGCCCUUGGAGCCAGGCACGGUCUCGCUCAUGCCUACCACCUCGUCCUGCUUCAAGCGGCGGACAUCAUACUUCAAAGCUCACUUGCCGACCUCCUCCCCCGCGGCGAAGUCCUCCUCGACUUAGCAAAUGAUGCCGCCACCAAAUGUGAGAUUCUCUUCGGUCUCGGAGCGUGGAAGCCGCAGCGCGAAGCCAUCAUGAAGAAGUUCCCCUCGCGUAAGCUACGACUCGAAGUCAGAGAGGGAGGGGCGAGCUCGUGGCCGUGCGCGACAGCGAUCGAGAGGCCGUUGUUCGAUAAGCUGGCUCUCGUCGUGUUGUCUCAGAGGCAAGACGAGCCGGGUGAGGUCACCUUGAGCUGGCCAGCAUCACCGCUGCCGCGACCAAUAUACGACCUGGCGUACAAAGUCUUUGCCCUUUUGCCUGCUUCGAGCCAAGCUGCGCGACUUGAAGCCCGACGCAACUACUGCUGGACCACUCUCGACCCGCAACAUCAAAGUCUCUUUGACGGACGCUACGUCAUGAGCCAGGGUGGCGUCAUCAGGCUAGGGGGCAUGCUCGUCAGGACCUUCUAUGGCCAGGACACGAAUGUCGCCAAGGCCAAGCAGCUCUUUGGGUCGCGCAGUGGGCUCGACACUAUCGCUGGGGGGGAUGCACCACCGCCUGGCUCCAGCGUGCCGGUACGAUUCAACAUCAGCAAGCUUCGGACGGUCACGCAGCGAUGCAACUUUGCGGUAGGCAUGUUGAAGCCCAGGCCCACUGGAGGUGGAAGAUGCAAACGCGCUGGAGUCCUCUUUGGAGAUCGUGUGGCGGCCAUGGACAAGAUUGACUUUGCCGGUGGUGUUGCAAAGCCUCGGCGACUCAAACGUUGGUCGACUCCAGACUUCUUCCCUUCUCUCCCACCGCUGCCUCAAAGCUGGCCCGCCUCUGAAGAACCGUAAAUAGGAAAUACGUCAACAUGCCCGCUCACCCCAAUCACUCGAGGUGUUGACCCACUUUCGUGUAUUCAACCUGUCUGCCCUCUCGAGUAGAUCUUCCAUUUGCAUGCCUCUGCCGGACACCGCGUCUUCAGCUUCCCGUCCUGCCUCUUACAGGCGCAACAGCGGCCGCUUCAAUCUUCGGCGCCAGCCACUAACGGCCGUCUUCGUGCUUCUCCCUUUGCCAGCGUCGCAGAAU